GUAAAUUUUCGUGCGUGUUCCGAUUCAGCUUAGCUUCGAUGGUCGUCCGACAAGUACCAAUGGCGAAGUUGUUUUUGAAGAAUUUCGUUUUGUUUACUACAAAAAUUUGAGGAUUUUUGCCAUUAUCAGCGUAUUUGUGUGCGUGCUGAAGGUAGAUGAAGGUGUCAGUAUGUCCCGCAGCAGCCACAAAGAAAAGUAUGAGAAUCCCAGUUCGCGACGUGCACACUCCAUCAUGUCGGCCGAGGAUGCAGCCUCUGGAAAGAAAUCUAAUUGGUCGGAACUGGAGAUAACAGGGUGUAUCAAGAGCCUGAGCCCCGGGCUGUGGGCGCUGCGACACCUCACGGCGCUGUACCUGAACGACAACUGCCUGUCGCGCAUUCCCCCGGACAUCUGCCAGCUGGCGAACCUGCGCUCCCUCGACCUGUCGGGCAACAAGCUGCGCAGCCUGCCGGCCGAGCUGGGCGACCUCAUCUACCUCAGGGAGCUGCACCUCAACAACAACCACCUGCGCUCGUUGCCGUAUGAGCUGGGCAAGCUGUUCCAGCUGCACGUGCUGGGGCUGGCGGGCAACCCGCUCACCAAGGAGGUGCUGGCUAUCUACAGCGAGCCCAACGGCACCCACAAGCUGCUCAGCUACAUGCUGGACAACCUGCAAGUGACCGUUCCCACCCCUCCACAGAGGCGAUGGAUCCCUCUCACUCGACCGAAUAGGACACGCCCGACGUGUAUAUUCACUGUGAUGUGCUACAACGUGUUGUGCGACAAGUACGCCACGAGGCAGAUGUACGGCUACUGCCCCAGCUGGGCGCUCGAGUGGGACUACCGGAAGAAAGGCAUCCUGGACGAGAUCAGGCACUGCGAUGCGGACAUAAUCAGCUUACAGGAAGUGGAGACGAGUCAGUUUUACCACUUCUUCCUCCCGGAGUUGAAGAGGGACGGCUACGAAGGCAUCUUCUCUCCCAAGUCAAGGGCCAAGACGAUGGCGGAGAAUGAGAGGAAGUACGUGGAUGGGUGUGCCAUCUUCUUCCGCACCGCCAAGUUCACGCUCAUCAAGGAGCACCUGGUGGAGUUCAACCAGCUGGCGAUGGCGAACGCAGAGGGCUCGGACCACAUGCUCAACAGGGUCAUGCCCAAGGACAACAUCGGCCUGGCCGCGUUGCUCAAGACCAAGGAGGCUGCGUGGGACAACGGACUGCCACCAGAUGCCAGUCAGGUGCAACAACCGUUGCUGGUGUGCACGGCACACAUCCACUGGGACCCGGAGUUCUGCGACGUGAAGCUCAUCCAGACCAUGAUGUUGUCGAACGAGUUGCGCAGCAUCCUGGAAGAUGCCAGCCAAAGCUUCCGUCCGGGCCACAAGCCCGACACCUCUGCUAUCCAGCUGCUGCUGUGUGGCGACUUCAACUCCCUGCCAGACUCCGGUGUGAUAGAGUUCCUUACCUCGGGACGGGUCUCGGCGGACCACAGGGACUUCAAGGCACUCACGUACAAGUCCUCCCUGCAGAAGAUCUCGGGCUGCGACAAGUCCAACGAGUUCACGCACUCCUUCAAGCUGGCGUCAGCCUACAGCGAGGACAUCAUGCCCUUCACCAACUACACGUUCGACUUCAAGGGCACGAUAGACUACAUAUUUUACACAAGGACCAGCAUGACGCCUCUGGGUUUGCUGGGCCCCGUGGAUUCUGAUUGGCUAAAGGACAACAAGAUAAUUGGCUGUCCGCAUCCGCAUGUACCUUCAGACCACUUCCCGCUGCUGGUGGAGCUGGAGAUGACCCCCAGCGCGCCCCCCACCACCAACGGGCUGAUCUCGCGCAGGUAACACUCGGGGAGGCCUGCCGCGCCCAGCUGCGACCGCUGCGACCGCUGCGACCGCUGCGACCGCUGCGACCGCUGCGACCGCUGCGACCGCUGCGACCGCUGCGACCGCUGCGACCGCUGCGACUGCCUGUGCAAUGCCACUUUGUGAUAUCACUCUGAACUGACGCCACACCUCGGGAGUACAAAAUAAAAUAUCAAAAACUUUUUUUCCUCGUUUUCAAUGCAUUUUGUGCCGUUGCGUACUGGAUGUGUUUUUUUGUGUAUGUGUGGAUACACAUGUGUAUUUGUGUGUCUGAGGGGUUUGUGGGGGCAAUCGGUGCUAACAUUUUAUUUACGAGAGUUGAGUGAAGGAUUGUGAGUGGGCGUGAGAACUUUGCAUUUUUACAAAAUGUAUUCUAAAUCAUUGUUUUAUUCAGAGUUUCCAAAUAGCAUUUCUUGGUAAAUUGAUUUUGGCACUAAUUGAUUUUAUUUGGUUUUUUAUUCUAACCUAAAUUUUUUGUCUCGUGAUAGUUUCGGUUUAAUAUAAAUUUCAUUCGUGGCAUAAGAUAAUCAGUCAAUUAGUAUUGAAGUGCAUGAAGAAAUUUUAAACGAAUAAUAAUUUAAAAAAAUUACAUUUAUAACAAUAAUAAUAAUACUGAAGUGUUGUGGCUUUUCGUAGCCAACUGAAUUUGUGCUGUUGCACUUCCACAAGACAUAAAACUAUCAACUGUAAGGUUUAUGGAGUGUCAAUUGUUUAGACUUUAUGUAAUUACAUUUAGUUCUAAAUUUAUUGUUAGUGUUAUAAGCUUUUACAGAUUUUCUAGAUCUGACACUGCACUUUAUACUUUUAAUAAAAUUAAAAAUGCAGGUGAUUUUGUCACUGUGCACUUUAGUGUAUUUUUAUUUAAACGUUUUCAUUUUUUACAAUAAUUUAUAUAAAUAGUGAAACAUUAUAUGUAAUUUUAAGUUGUUUUUUUUAUAUUUAGGUUUAGACUAUGGAAGCUCAUUCUAUAACUUUUGUGAAUGCUAUGAAUGAUUACAUUAUUUUGAUACAUUUGUUUAUAUGGUAUCAUAGAACCAGAUUUAUCUCAAAUAUUAUCCUUAAAGAUAUGUAGUUAAUAAAUGGAAAAUAUUUAUACGUACCG